AACAAAGAUCGCGAUUUCACGGGAAAACACGCGAGGGUGACACAGCGCUCUUGUUGUUGUUGUCGGGAAAAUGGCGUCCAACGUAGAGGCCCCGGAGUCUUGGUACCUCGCCCUCCUCGGCUUUGCAGAGCAUUUCCGUACCUCAAGUCCACCUAAAAUACGUCUCUGUGUACAUUGCCUUCAAGCUGUUUUCCAGUUCAAACCACCGCAAAGGGUGGAGGCAAGAACCCACCUUCAACUCGGCUCGGUCCUCUAUCAUCAUACGAAGAACAGCGAGCUCGCGCGGAGCCACUUAGAGAAAGCGUGGUUCAUAUCACAACAAAUCCCUCAGUUUGAAGAUGUUAAAUUUGAGGCUGCAAGUCUUUUAUCAGAACUUUACUGUCAGCAGGUACCGAAUCUGGUGGAUUCCGCAAAGCCUUUACUCCGAAAGGCAAUUCAGAUCUCACAGCAAACACCCUACUGGCACUGUCGCCUGCUGUUUCAACUGGCGCAACUGCACACUUUAGAGAAGGACCUUGUGUCUGCAUGUGACCUCCUGGGUGUUGGUGCCGAGUAUGCCAGAGUGGUGGGCUCAGAAUACACAAGGGCACUGUUUCUCCUGAGCAAAGGAAUGCUUUUACUGAUGGAGAGGAAGCUGGGCGAGGUGCAUCCUCUGCUCACUCUGUGUGGGACCAUUGUGGAGAACUGGCAGGGAAACCCCAUUCAAAAGGAGUCUCUCAGAGUCUUCUUCUUGGUGCUGCAAGUCACACACUACCUGGAUGCUGGACAGGUGAAGAGUGUGAAGCCCUGUCUGAAGCAGCUGCAGCAGUGCAUCCAGACAAUCUCCACACUCCACGACGACGAGAUCCUGCCCAGUAACCCCGCUGACCUCUUCCACUGGCUGCCCAAGGAGCACAUGUGUGUCCUCGUCUACCUGGUAACCGUCAUGCACUCCAUGCAAGCAGGAUAUUUGGAGAAGGCACAGAAAUACACAGACAAAGCACUCAUGCAACUGGAGAAGCUAAAAAUGCUGGACAGCAGUCCCAUCCUCUCCACGUUCCAGGUGAUUCUGCUGGAGCACAUCAUCAUGUGUCGGCUAGUCACUGGUCACAAAGCCACCGCAUUACAGGAGAUCUCCCAGGUCUGCCAGCUGUGCCAACAGUCCCCCAGGUUAUUCACAAAUCACGCCGCCCAACUCCACACUCUACUAGGUCUGUACUGUAUCUCCGUCAACUGUAUGGACAACGCAGAGGCACAGUUCACCGCCGCUUUGCGGGUAAGUGACUUAACCACACACCAGGAGCUGUGGGCGUUCAUCGUGACAAACCUAGCCAGCGUCUACAUCAGGGAAGGGAACAGACAUCAGGAGCUCUACAGUCUCCUUGAGAGGAUAAACCCUGAUCAUAACUUCCCUGUGAGUUCCCACUGUCUCCGUGCUGCAGCUUUCUACAUCCGAGGGCUCCUGUCAUUCUUUCAAGGUCGCUACAACGAGGCCAAACGUUUCCUUCGAGAAACUCUGAAGAUGUCCAACGCGGAAGACCUGAAUAGACUGACGGCCUGCUCACUGGUUCUGCUAGGCCAUAUAUUCUAUGUGCUGGGAAACCACAGGGAAAGCAACAAUAUGGUGGUCCCAGCAAUGCAGCUUGCGAGUAAAAUCCCUGACAUGUCUGUGCAGUUGUGGUCCUCUGCUCUUUUAAAAGAUCUGAACAAGGCCCUGGGGAACACCAUAGAUGCCCAUGAAGCAGCUCAGAUGCACCAGAACUUCUCCCAGCAACUUCUCCAGGACCACAUCGCUGCCUGCAGCCUCCCCGAACACAACCUCAUCAGUUGGACGGACGGCCCACCGCCGGGGCAAUUUCAGGCACAGAAUGGCCCGACGACCAGCCUGGCCAGCCUGCUAUGAGCACACGGCACACCAAACAUACCAGAGAUGGAGAGCAAAGUAACAACACACAAGGGCUACCUUCCUUCCGGCCUCAAAGAUGUAGAAAUGUCAUCCUUUUUUUUUUUCCCCCUUCUUAGGAAAAUUAGAGGGGUAGUGGGAAAACAUUGUAGCAGUUAUAUUAUUAAUUUAUUCAUGUUUAUAUUUUUCUAACCAUUGAAAAAUAUUUUAAAGCUUUGUAUUAAUGCAAUUUUUUGUAUGCAUGGAAGUUACUGAUGUUGACUCGCUCUACAGGUAUUCGCUAAACAUCUGGUGUGGAUUUUCACGGCUAGUCAUUGUUCUGUAGCGCUACACCCUCGUGAGUUAGUAUGUAGUUCCAAUUGCCAUUACUUCUCAUGUAUUGAACCACUAACGUUUAUUUUUACGUUUGAAGAGGAACAACAGUCACAUGAUCAACCUGUUCAAAUGGCUGAGCUCCUCCAAAACCGUACUGUUGUUAUAAAGUGAUCUCACCUUUUGUCUAAAACUGACCUCAUCCUAUCUCAGACAUAUCACAAAGCCCAAUGAAAUGCCUGUGUGCAUCUGGUCGAUCGGUGAGGGAUGCACUGCUCCGCCCAUUUCAGUAGGCUAGAAUAGGUUGUUCUCUUUUUGGUCUUUUAAACCAAUGAUUUGGUUGCACAGUGAGACUUUCAGCUGGAAGGAGAUUUCAGAUGGAUGGUCAUGUCACUGUGCUGACCCUUUAGUUUGGACUUGAAUGUAAAAGUUGCAGUGUUAAGCUCAAGGGUUUUAAUCUUCCUGCAAGAGGGUGUGAUGGAAGUAUAGCAUGUCUGAGUGCAUUUUUAUUUAACGGUCCAGUGGAUGUCCCUGUUGCGCUAUGAUGAGUUGAACCUGCUUUGAGAGCAUUCAUGAUUUUGUAAUAUUGGAUCACCAAUAGGUCACCAAUUUGCAACCUUUGAAAGUGCAUCAUAAAUUCAUAACUUCGAUUUACUGUACAUAUUAAUUCUAGGUCAUUCAUUGAGUUCUAUAGUUCUUGAAAUUUCACCUUUUUCUAACAUAAGAGGAACGUUGGAUAAAGAAAAGCAAUGUAUUACUUUUUGUAAUAUUGUAAUUUCUUUAUAGUCCUUAUGAAGAUAUUUCUUUACAUUGUAUAGAUAUGCCACACGCAAAACCUUUAUUGUACAGUGACAUUUUAUAAUGUAAAUGCAGUCAAGUGUAAUGUAUUUUAAACUAAUCCAACUAAAUGCUUGAUAUUUAAGUCAAUCUAUAUGGACACAUCAGAAGCUUGAGUACUUGCCAUAUUCUAUUCAAUGCCUAUGUUUUUAUUGCUUUAUAUUGUUUUUCAAGAAUUUUGGGACAUAAGUCAGAAUAAACAUGGUAUUUACAACCAUACUUUUACAAUGA